UAAACUACGAGGAUACCCAGUUCAAAAAAUCCAGAAAUCUCAGAUUUUUUUACCUAGUAGAAGAUGAGGUUAGCUACUGUCUACUUUUGCUUUAGCGUUUGUAUUCUACGUCAAGUUCUUUCAAAAACUGUAAAAGCUUAUGAAGGACAGGAUAUUUCUCUUACUUGCAAUCUACAUCUAAUCAACGGGCAUCAGUUGUAUUGGACAAUAAGAGACGAAACUAGAAUUGGCAUUGAUAAUCGUCUGGACCUUUGGAACAUCCAGAAAGAUGAUGAGGGUAUAUAUAAAUGUUUUUACGCAAAUACAAGGGGUGGAUCUGAAUCAAUAGUAGUCAGAGUUUUUAAUGUCGACAAUAAGAUAACUAAAAAUGUGACUGAAGGCACUUCAGCUGACAUUUCUUGUAACACAGACAAUAUUAAAAUACCUAGUGAAGAUAGUUCAUUACUGUAUAGAUGGAUAAAUCCGAUCGGUGAACAAAUUGGAUAUGAACGUAAUUUUCAGCUACCAAGUAUGAAAGCUAGUGAAUCAGGCAUAUAUGUUUGCCUUGUGGCAUCCAAAGAUAACAAAAGGAAAUUAAUUCCAAGCUCAGCUACAGAAAUAAAUGUCAUUCCAAGAGAAAUAAUUCGUUUGGAACCAGGACGUAUUCAAACAAAGCCGUAUAAAGCAUUUACAUUCCAGUGUUAUACUUCAAAAUCAGAUCUCGAACCAACUGUCAGAUUUCAAGAUCUUAGAAUAAUAGAUUCAGAUCCACGCUUUCACCUAAUAUCCGUACGGCCAGGUAUUAUUCAAGUGGAAGUGAAUCAUGGACUGACAGAAAGGGAUGACGACACGAGCCUAUCAUGUAUGUUAUUCAAUAGACAACAAUCCAAUUACAUGAAAAUUUCAGUUGAACGAUCUUGCCCUGACGGUCAAUUGGUAUGUGCAGAUGGAACUUGUCUUUCAAAAAAUGUUUUUUGUGAUGGUAAGGUCGACUGUCUUGAUGGUUCAGAUGAGAAGUUACCACACUGCAGUGAUCGUCAUUCAAAAGCUAUGGCAUGCAAAUCUGUAGGAAACAUACCACCUCGUGAAGCAACCUUUGAAUUCCACUGGAAGUGUGAUGGUGAAGAUGAUUGUGGGAAUAAAUUUGAUGAGACAAAUUGUCAGAAAAUUGGGAGAUGUAACAAUGAUGAAUUCCAUUGUUAUCAGUCAAAUAAAAAUAUACCAUACGGACAAUGGUGUGAUGAUUCAGAUGAUUGUGAAAAUGGUGAAGAUGAAUUUGGUUGUGACGCACCUGUCAUAAUCAGCCCUCAACAUCCAAAUGUGCAUACAGUUCGUCAAGGUGGAGAUUUGAGUUUAGGGUGUGAAGUAUCUGGUGUUCCAAAUCCUGUGGUUGUCUGGCGUUUCAAUAAGCGACUUCUUGUUGAUGACAUGCGAGUGACUUCGGAUAUUGUACAAUGUUCAGCUGAAAGUCCGAUAUCAACAAGUUAUCUUUCAAUCCAAAAUUUUACGCCAGAUGACAUAGGUAUCUACAAUUGUGAAGCAGUGAAUUCCAAAGGAUCAGUCAUGUCGCAAGAUUUCAAAGUGACUUUAUCUGCUUAGUUAUUUGUUGAACUUUCAGUUGAUAAUAUAUUUGUUGGAUUCUAAAAA